AAUAACAAAAUAAUAAUUUUGCAGCGAAAAUUUCCAAUCCUCUUCUUCGUUCUUCGUUCUUCGUUCUUCUUCUUCUUCUUCUUCUUCUUCCUUGAGAAAAACCUUACUGCUCGAACGCCGAAAACGAAAUCCUUUUGUAUUCGAAGCGUUGUCAAUGCCUGCACAUAAACGUUCUUGGUCGGACAGUGUUAACGGAGAAGAGUCCGGAGACCAACAAUUCAGCCAUCAAGAUGCCAAGCAAUCUCGAAUGGAACGCGAGCCGAAGACUGAAACAGAAGAAGAAGAGGAGGUGGAGGAGGAGGAGCAACGGGAGCAUCUGAAGGAAGGAGAACGAGAAGAUGAAGGGCGCGAAGAGGACGAAGGAGAGGAAGAAAAGCAACACAACCAAUUGGAAGAAGCGGCCGGAGCAAGAGAUUCCGAAGGAAGUCAAUCCUCGAGCUCUGAAGAGAAACCGGAGUACUUUCUCUUAAAUCCCUCAUUUAUUUUUGUGGAGCUGUCAGGCAUUCGAAAAGAUGUUCAGUGCCCAAUUUGUCUUGGGAUUAUCAAGAAAACGCGAACUGUAAUGGAAUGCUUGCACCGGUUCUGUAGAGAAUGCAUUGACAAAUCAAUGCGGCUGGGGUAUAUGAAUAAGAACAAUGAAUGUCCUGCUUGCCGAACACAUUGUGCCAGUAGACGUUCUUUGAGAGAUGAUCCAAAUUAUGAUGCACUCAUUGCCGCCCUAUAUCCAGAUAUUGAUAAAUAUGAGGAGGAGGAAUUAACAUUUCACGAAGAAGAAAGGAAUCGUAAUAAACAGAUUCAAGAAUCAAUUGCACAAAUCUUUCAACGACAAUCAGAAGCACUAAGUAAGAAGCGCAUAUUGGGCAAGGAUACAGCAGCCGUGUUUCUAACAAGAUCACGUCGCAAUCAUAGGAAUGCUCAUCUAAGGAGACAAAAUGGCCGAGGAGAUGAAUUGUUGGGAUAUGAAGAUAAUGAAGAUGAAGAUGAUAAUAAUGAGGGCAAAGAUUCAUCUUCUGCUGAUGAAAGAUUUACAGAAGUUAGGCAAAGGAGGAAGAAGAGACAUCCCAGUGUUCGAUCCUCUCAGCCCUCUUCAUCAAUAGCCAAUGUAGAUAGUGGAUGCACUGAUGGAUGUGCUGAAAGUGAGUUAGAUAUGAGCAGAGAAAAUCGAACAGUUUCUCCAGGUCUUGUCUUGAACUCUGAAAUGCUUGGAUGGGGGCGUGGUGGUGUACGCAGUAAUGCACGACAUAGUAGCGCUGGUGGGUCCAGCAAUAAAAGUUCUAGGAGUAGUCGCUUAACGAAGUUAGUCAAUUAUCUGCGUGGCCAAGAAGAAAAUAACAAUGAGUUAGAUGUCCAUCUCCUCCUCAUUUCAGUGGAUAAAGAAAGUGCUCCAAGUUUGCAGCGGCCACAUCUCCACUGCCGUCCAAGUUUGACUGUUGAACACUUGCGUGAAUAUGUCUCGCGGAAGACACCUCUGCAAGCUGAUGAUGUUGAAAUACUAUCCAUGAAAGCUCGUCAUAGUACUAGCGAUGUUCAAACAACCCCAAGUGCUUCAAUCUCGAUUGAUGGCACGUCUCUCGUCUUCGAUCCACUCAAAUACGAGCUACAAACUUUGGAAUGCGAAGAAACUUUGGCAGGACUUCAAGCAGAUUGCAUCUAUAGUAGGGAUCACUUGAUUCUAGGAUAUCGUCGGAAGGGGCGGAGUUAACACAAGUAACACCUAAUACUCAUACGCCUAUCUUAUUUUUAACUUGUUAUUCAAUUUUCCAUACCUUUUUACUUUUAGUGAUAGAUAACAUUUUAAGUAUACCUGCUGAUACAAUAUGAGGGAAUUUGUAAAUAGAAAUCCUGGAGGUUUUUUAUUGCAGCAUUACUGUAGCUUCAUUUCUUAA